AUGGGGCUCUCAAUGCGUAUGAUGGCCGACACGCGCGGUAUAAGCAACUCUCCACCCAAUGCUCAAUACUUCGCCAAUGCCGGUCUUGAGUACAUGGAGAAGUAUGGCGCCGAGGCGCGUGACUUCGCUGAGAUUGCACGAAUCAGCCAUGAACACAGCCAAAAGAACCCAUACGCGCAGUUCAGGGAUGUGUACACACUCGAACAGAUCGAGAAGGCUCCUAUGAUUCACUUCCCGUUGACCAAACUCCAAUGCAGCCCGACAAGCGAUGGCGCGGGUGCAGCGGUUAUUGUGAGCCAGAGAUUCUUGGACGCCAGGCCACACCUGAAGAGUCAAGCUAUCCUCAUCGCUGGCCAGUCGUUGAUGACAGAUUCACCGCAACUCUACUCCAAGUCAUCGAUGGAUCUUGUUGGUUACGAUAUGACCAAGCGCGCGGCGCAAGCAGCUUUGAAGGAGGCUGGCGUCAACGCAAAAGACAUCAAAGUCGCAGAGUUGCAUGACUGCUUCUCAGCCAAUGAACUCAUUCUACUGGAAGGCUUGGGCUUCAGCGAGCCCGGAAAAGCACACAUGAUGGUGCGCAAUGGCGACAUCACAUACGGCGGCAAAGGUCCCAUCGUCAACCCGUCAGGCGGUCUCAUCAGCAAAGGACAUCCUCUUGGUGCAACAGGACUCGCACAAUGUGCGGAAUUGACAUGGCAGCUUCGUGGCUGGGCUAACAACCGACUUGCUGAAGGGGCCGACGCCGCGCUGCAGCACAACCUCGGCUUGGGUGGAGCUGUUGUCAUCAACGUCUACAAACGUGCCGAUGGCAAGAAGAAUGCGAAGAUGAGUGAUGAGGAAGUCAAGAAAGCGAGUCAAUUCUCCUACAACCCGGCUGUCGAGGCGCGCUACGUGACCAAGGAGGAUGGAGAGAAGGUCAGGAGCAAGACUGUGGCGAGCGAGUACGCUUUGGGCGAUACGCUAGAGAAGAUUCAGAGUCGGUUGUAG